AUGAACCAAUACCAGUGUAAUACCCAAUAUCUUCGUACCGAGGAUCCAAACAUCAUGUCGCACUCAUUCCACGUCUCUCGCAGUGAAGUACAUCUCAAAUGGGACAACGCGCUGAAACCAGUGCACACGGUUGACUCUGGUACCGAAGUCACGUUUGAUCUCAUGGACGGAGGAUACAAUCAGUUCACAGCUACCUCCACCGCUGCUGACGUUGGCAAUUUCGAUGCCGCAUUUGCUGACCCGGCUUUCGGGCCUGUCUAUGUGAAUGGGGCCGAGGUAGGAGAUGUGCUGAGGAUUGAGUUUUUGGAUUUGAAAACCGCGACUUACGGGUGGACAGCUGUGCUACCUGGAAGUUUUGGAUUCGGCCUACUAGCGGAUGAGUUUCCUGAGGCGGCUUUGAAGAUUUGGGAUUUGGAAACUCAUAAGGAAGAGGGGUAUACGGUGUUCAAGGAGGGUAUUCAUAUCCCCAUUCGACCCUUCCUCGGUGUUGUCGGACUUGCUCAUGGGGAAGAGGGCCAGUUCAGCACGAUCCCGCCAUAUGAUACUGGUGGGAAUAUUGAUUGUAAACAUAUUGGAAUCGGAUCGAUGUUGUAUUUACCUGUCAAGGUCAAAGGGGCACUGUUUAGCUGUGGAGAUGGACAUGCAGCGCAGGGAGAUGGCGAAGUUUGUGGAACUGCAAUUGAGACGCCAAUGAAGGCCAAGGUCAAAUUGACCGUAGAGAAGGGGAAGCCGUGGGUAGUCAGUCCGCAUUAUAUUACCAAACCAAUUGGAACAACGGCUGUGGAGAACAGGGGAGAAUAUGCAGCGCUGGGCAUCGAUGCUGAUUUAAGAGAAGCAAGCAGGAAAGCUGUGAGGGGCUUGAUAAAUUGGUUGGUAGGUGAAAAGGGCUUGACUAGGGUCGAGGGUUACAUGCUUGCAAGUGUAGCAGGAGAUCUGAAGAUUGCAGAGGCUGUAGACAUGCCAAAUUAUGCUGUCGCAUGUAGCUUACCUCUGAGUGUAUUUGUAAAGGCGCCAUAUCUGUGA